GUGACUAAAUGCACCAAUAGGCACAAUGCUUAUCGGUUGAAGACGAAGUAGCAAGUUAAAGUUGACAGAUGUGACAAGCGUUUUAGCUACCGGAAUACCAGGAUUUUAAACAAUUAUCUUGUGUCCAUUUACUAUCAGAGACCCGGUAUGUCCGUCUUAUCGCACACCGAGAAACCUGUCGUGUACAGACACGGCACACUAACGAACAAAGUCAUUACCAAAUUAACGACAUUCAGGUGAACAAAAAAGCAUUUUGUAAACAGGCCUCAGUCAAUACGGUCGUUUAAGUACUUUCCUACUUUAUUAUGUUUUGAUAUCAUUAUUUUUCUCGUAAGGGUGCUAAGUGUCAUUGAGUGUUACAACAAUGUCAACGUCUACCUCGUCGCCUCCGAGCAUGCAGUCGGAUGACGAAUUAGAAGACUCUAGAGAUUCGACGCUAUCGCAAUUCUCUACGGCAGCGACGUCAAGUCACAUAUUGGAGUCUUCACAGAAACGUGAAAUCAAAAACAACGUCGUGACGUCUCAUGGUGUUGAAGACAUUUUAUCAGAAUGUGGACCCUAUCCUGGCACCGACAACACAUUUCCAGAUUGUAAGGCGGAGGUCCUCUCCUCAAUACCCCAUUCUUUCGUGCAAGACUAUAACUCAAGAGACUCUACGAGCUUUAGCAUUCAAGACAUACUCGGGCUACCACAGGCCUACAACCCGACGAAUACUCAGGAAGACGUUGAACCUAGAUAUGACUACCAAAUACCUAAUUAUGAAAACAUCAGUAACAGCCCCAAUAAUACCUAUGCGCCAGGAACAGAGGUCACGGCACAAGAGGACUGUAUAGAAAAAUCAGGGCACAUAUUUAAUCCAAAUAGCCAUGACGACAAUCAAAUUAUAUACAAUAGAAGUUUUGCAACUAAUGAACCUGUUCGGUGUCACCAGAGAAGCAGUUUAGGCAGCGAGUUAGCAAACGAUCCAGGCAGGGAAAUCAAUGAUUUACGCGAAUCCAGUUUCACUACUCAGAAUUCAUCGUGGAACAGCAAAUCUUCAGCGGCAAGCAUAUCUAUAGCCACUGCGUCUUCAUUUUCAGAAAACGAAAUGUCUACGGAUACAUCAUCGUACCAGAAAGGAUUUACGAAGCGUGCUCGAACUGCCUACACCAGCUCACAACUAGUGGAGUUAGAGAACGAAUUCCAUCAGAAUCGAUACCUGUGCCGACCGAGGCGCAUUGAACUGGCUAACUAUCUACAGCUAUCAGAACGCCAAAUCAAGAUAUGGUUCCAGAAUAGAAGGAUGAAAUAUAAAAAGGAUAACAAACACAACAAGCCUUCCUCAUCGGUCGAUGAUAGCAGUCCCUCCACGAGUUCCAAAGGUUUAUCACCAAAUCAAGAUCAUAAGAUGAGUCAUGGGCGAAGCUGCGGCGGUCACGAUCGACAUCGACGUUUACUCACGGACAGCCACGUAUCCCACCAUAAAAUAUGCUUGACUUCGAAUGAUGCCAUAUCAAGACCGCCGGAAUACCCGUCGAUAAACACGUUGAAGUCCGUGAUAAAGGGCCCGCAGAGCUCGAACGAGCUACCGUCUUACACACCUUUAUCUUAUACCUCAUACUACGCUGCAAACGCCAGCAAGGCUUACUCACCGCUGCCGGACGUUUAUCGGUACUCAAACGAUGAAUCACUCCAGAAUUCGAAUGCUUUGUCCACGCUACCUGCCGAUACAUAUGUUCCUAACGGCGUGAGCUUAAAACUGAACGAUGAUAUCUCGAGAUACACGGCAACGUCGUCGUAUUACAAUCCUUUAUCAUCUGGCGUCGUUAUGCAUCCGCCGACCUCUGAGGCUUAUGGGUUCAGUUCUUCGAUCCCGGCUACGAUUCAAGCACCGACGUAUGAAGACAGCAACCUCCACGCUCGGUCUUCCCUGCCCCUGCCACAAGACCCUUACUACUCUUACUUGAUCUCAUCAGAUUCUGCCAAUCAGCAUCCUUCUUCUUCUAACAGCAAAUAUUCCUCUUAUAUAUCGUUAUAAA